UUGGGGUCCGUGUUGUGGGUUGUGGGUACCUAUGUACCUAUUGUGGUUUCUCUUUCCCUUUUUUUUUUACUGCAAAAGGUCUUGGCAAAACGGGUCUUUCCUAAUUGGGAAUAUUUAGUCCACUUAACGCGUCCUGGAAGCGCGUCGCGUCUGAAAUAUCGAGUACCUAGUGGCUCCUCGCGUCUUUUGUUACGCGUGGGUCUCCCUAUGGGGCUUGAGCCUCCUGUCAUAAUAAUACUUUCUUCUCAACUUCAAUUGUCAAUGCACGGGUUCUACUAUUCUUUUAUUAUCCUCUUAUCACAAUUUUCAUCAUCGAGAAUUCAUACGUACUUCAUACUCAACCUUCCAUUUAUGUUGUACAAUACUCAAUUCUUACCUUAUUGACAUAGAGAGAACCAAUUGCAUUCGUCUCCGUAGCUUCUCGCUGUGCCUUCUCUAAUAACUCAGCUAAAGGAAAGAAGAAAGAAAGUAAACAAUUGCAACGACCUUCGACAAAACAGAUUUCGUCAUGGCUGGUCCUGCUAUCAAGCAGCAACGCCUGAGGGCGUCGUUGACCAAAGCAAAGACCCCGACUGGCAAGCAGCACGCAUCGUCGAACAUCAGCAGCUUCACCCGGGUGUCAAAAACACCCACCAAGACCGACAUUAAAAAGGACAAUGCUCUUACCCUGACACCCAAGACCGCCACUCUGGAGGCACUCACACCUGCUUCCCGAAAGAGAAAGGUGGUUCAGAGCAUCGAAGAGGACUCAGCUGAUGAGAUGCCGGCUAAGCUCUCACUUCCUGCCAUCAAAUCAGCGAAGGUCACGACUCCUACCAAACCUACCCGUGGUCGUCCGUCGAAGAAGGUCCAACCAGAGCCAACACCAAAGAAGCGGGUACGGAGCCCCAGUGAAUCUGACUCGGAUGAAUCGGCCAUAAACGCCGGUGCUCUAUUCAAGAGACUCCGUCUGGAAUCAUCCCCAUCUCGCUGCUCAUCUCCUCUUACCGCCGACACACCGAUCACCGUCUACUCAGAGACCGACGAGGAUAGCGAUGUCACCACGCCAAAGGCCAGCCGACUUCCCGAUGAGGUCCUGGCUCUCCUCGACCUGCACGCUGCCCUCCUUAAGACUCUCACAUUGCACUACGCACAUAACGGGUACCGCGUUCCCGUCGACCUGCGCGUCUUAUGCCCCAAUGUCGCACGCGCAUGGGGCAAGAAGAAGGUCACCGACGGGGACAUCCGCAUCUGCCUCGGCGUCCUCACUCUCACAUCAAAGGAUAACCCGCUCUUCUCGCUCUUCAACUAUGGACGCGGCAAAAUCUGCCUCGAGAUCGACGCGAAGCAACAGCGCGGCGGCCGCCCCCUCGAGGAAGACAAGCUAAACAGCGUGUUCCGCGAGAACCUACUCUCUCUCUGGACCCAAUUCGCCACAAGCGGCCAAGCGAACCCGAGCCCCACGACCUUCAUCCUCGCACUCCCCAAAGCGCCCGUCACCCUCUGCGACUCCGUCGCCAAGGCGGCCCCCGUGCUCGCGAAGGGCCAGAAGCGCCUCGAGGAGUUGAAAUUCGGCAUGGCCAAAAAGAAGCAGGAGAAAGAAACCAAGGUCCAGCAGAAGAAGAAGCAGCCAACGCAACAACAACAACCUGGCGCCGGAAACGAUACCCCCGCUCCCAACGCGACUAAUGCGAGCGCACCUAAGAUAAGCCUGCUCGACCGCAUCCGCCUCAAGUCUCUGCAGAAAGCGGCCGCGCCGCCAGGCCUCUCGCAAGCAGACAUCGAGCGCCGGGCCGCGCUGCAGCGCGCGCCCGAGGUCGCCGCGUGCCUGGCCAUGCUGAGCCGCGCGGGCGGGCAGGGCGGCAGCAGGGUGUCGUUUUCGAUGGCGGCGACGCUGGAGAAGCUCAAGGACUCGUUCCGCAUGGGCAUCUCGAAGGAGGAAGGGGCUGCGUGCGUCAGGCUGCUCGCGGGCGAGGUGGCGCCGGAGUGGGUGCGUGUCGUUACGAUUGGGGGGAGGGAGAAUGUGGUGUUGGAGGUGGAUAGGCAGUUGAGUAAGGGGGAUGUGGAGGGGAGGGUUAGGAGGAUUUUGGGGUGAGUGAUGGGGUAUGUUGCGCUUGAGUUGUUGAUGGGUGGAUGUGAUAAUGAGGAGGUGAUGGGUGGUGUUGGGCUACUUCUGUUUGUUUUUACGCCUGCAUUGCGUUGCGUUGCGAUUGCAUUUCUACUGCUGCUGAGAUGGGGAUAUACCACUUAACCGAACGACGAAGGGAUAGACUGAUCGAGGAAGCAUUGCAUUUGUUACCACGGUGAAUUACAUAGGACAACCAAGAGACUCGAAAUACGGGUCUAAUAUACAGAAAUUUAUAUCCUAAAAGAGCAUCGAAGAGUUGUACUUGUACGUGAUAUGAUGGAUGUG